AUGUGCACUGUGUCUCGGUUGAGCAUUCACAGGCCGGUGUGCUCUGUGCCAGAGUCCUGCAUUUGCCGGGUGGAAGUGGGCAUCCAGCCAGAACGGGUUGUGCCAGCUCCACGGCCCAGUGUAUCCGGUGCCUCGGCCAAGGAGGAAGCCUCCUUUAUGUCUCCCCAGCCUGGUGAGUCCUGUGCCUGCUCCCAGAGCCAGGCCUCCUGUGUGUCUCUCCACUCCAGAGACGGUCUCCAGCCCGGAGCCUCCAGAGACGGUCUCCAGCCCGGAGCCUCCAAGACGGCCUACAGUCUGGAGCCUCCAGAGACGGCCUCCAGGCCGGAGCCUUCAGAGACGGCCUCCAGUCCGGAGCCUUCAGAGACGGCCUCCAGUCCGGAGCCUCCAGAGACGGCCUCCAGUCCGGAGCCUCCAGAGACGGCCUAUCCGGAGCCUCCAGAGACGGCCUCCAGCCCGGUACCUCCAGACACAGCGCCCAGUCCGGGGCCCGCUACGAGGACGCCCAGUCCGGGGCCCGCUACGAGGGUCCCCAGUCCAGGGCCCGCUACGAGGGUCCCCAGGCCAGGGCCCGCUACGAGGGUCCCUAGUCCAGGGCCCGCUACGAGGGUCCCUAGUCCAGGGCCCGGUACAAGGGUCCCUAGUCCGGUGUUGGCGACGAGGGUCCCCGCACCAGAGGUGCCACCAAAGCGGGUUGAGCCAGUGGUGGAGCGGGGUCUGCGUCCUGCACCUGAGCCGCCACCACGGAUGGAUGCCCAGUCAGACAUUCCCCUAUAG